UGUUGUCUUGACGGAACAAGAUGGUGGACUUGUCGAACGAUGUCACGUGCCUCCUGCGAGCCAUUCGGAAUGGCGCGUACUACGGCACCAAGAUCCGAGCGCCCCAUGCCUUCGUGAUGGUGAUGCUAUUCCAGCAGCGACCGUUGCGCGAAAAACUCCGCGGAAUUAUCAAGCUCACGUAUGAGCACACAAAGAACUUGGCGUACUUUGUUGGUGUGUACAAGGGAGUGCUACUUCUCUUGAAGGAAGCGGGCCGUGCUGCCGGGUCAUCAUCAUGUGUACUUCACCAAGGGCUGAAUCCGCUGGUGCCGUGGCAUGCUGCGUUGGCCGGGGCCGUCGGCGGGUAUGUCGUGUGGUCCAAAUACUCGAGCGUCAACUACCAAAUCGUGUUGUACCUGUUCUCGCGAGUUCUCAUCGGCCUCGUCAAGUUGGGAAGCGAGAAGGGCUGGCCCAUCUUGAAGAAGUACUCGUUCCCGCAGGUGUACCCUGUCCUCGCAUGUGCCACGUGGGCGGUCGUGAUGUGGCUCUUCGAGUACCAUCGCCAUGUGCUGCAUCCGUCGCUGGCCAAAAGCAUGGACUUCCUUUAUCAUGACUCGAAUUCGUGGACCACGAUCCAGGACUUUCUGCCGUCGCCUGCCACGGUGGCCGUGCUAGCGUUAACAUGGGUCAACUUUUAACCAUGUAAUUUGUGAUUUGAAUGCCGCA